CCAGUAAACAAUAUCGUUGCCGCCCUCCAAUACUCCCACACACAAAGACAGGAUGGGAAUUGAGCUACUUCUCACACAUAGACGCACUGCCAAUUUUCCUCCAGUGGCCCGUCAUUACGCGUCCGUGAGUAAUAAACCAGUGCAGAAAGAUGGUUCUCGCGCAGAUGUUUUGAGCCCCUUAAAGAAUGUAAACAUGGGAUAGAAACGUCGAGAGGGAAUGUCCAUGCGGCCGUUCAGUUGGGCCAGAACCUGUUCGUACUUGUCGCGCUUUUAUGCACAAACUGAUGGCAAUCUCAAAAGAUUGCUCUGUGCUUCCACUCGAUUCAUCUUGAAAUGCCCUCACAGGCACAUGAAGUGGAUUUACAUUACACCCCCCCCCCCUCCGCUGCCGAUUCAGAGGGCUGCGGCUUGGAGUUUUUGUCGCAACCGCUGCCCAGACGCGGUUAAAACAAACAUGCGGCUCAAGUCCUGUAUCCCGCCUUUGUUUCCUGCCCGAGAUGUGUUGUGACUGUCUGGAGAGAGGAGGCGGUUAGCGGGCAGGAGGAGGAGGAGAUUUCCCUCACUAUCAACGGAUGUGAGAGGCUGCUGCUGCUGCUGCUCCCCCCCCCACCCUCACCCCUCCCUCCCUCCCUCCUUCCAGUCACACGCACUUCUCCAGCGUCAACAGGAAGGAGGCCGCAGACAGAACAAGUCCGGCAGUGCGCGCGCGCUCAGCAACCGAAGGCAGAGUCAUGAGCAAGAACCAGAAAGAAGUCAAGAAAAUCCAGUCUGCUUACCUGCAGAACGUGGAGAAGCUCAAUCAAGGGCCCAAGCAAGAGAGGAAGAGCUGGAAGGCCAAGGAAGGAGACUUUGGCGCGCCGACGGCCACGGAGAAGCGCCACUCUCCCGCCAUCAAAAAUUCCGCGCACAGAAUCAGCCGAGACCUGACCUGCUCCAUCUGCUUGGAUCUCUUCAAACAGCCCGUGUCGCUGCCCUGCGAUCACACCUUCUGCCAGGGCUGCAUCGAGGGCUACUGGACCGGGCCGAGGGGCCGCAGCCAAGGAGAAUCGGGCUCCUGUCCCCAAUGCAGGAAGGUGUUCCCCGGGCAGAGCUACAGGCCCAACCGCAUCGUGGCCAACAUUGUGGAGAGCUACUGUCAGGGCUUGGAGGAGAGCGGCGACGGGACCAGGCCUCCCGACGCGGCCGAGAAGGCGCCCGCUCCGGCUCCGGCUCCGCGCUGCAGCCGGCACCGGGAAGAGCUGAAGCUUUACUGCGAGGAGGAUCAAGAGCUGGUGUGUCUGGUGUGUGGAAUCUCCCAGGAGCACAGGAACCACACCAUGAUGUGCGUGCAAGACGCCGAGCUCAAGUACAGGGCAUCUCUGAACAGCUCCAUGGAUUCCCUCAAAGCCGAGCUCAACACGGCCAUGCAGUGCGACAGGGAAGCUGAGGACGAAGUCAAAAAUCUUAAGGAGCACACGGCCGACCUGAAGCAACGCAUCGAGGCGCAGUUCAGCGACCUGCACCAGUUCCUCUACCAGGAGGAGAAGAUGCUACAGGUCAAGCUGAAGACGGAGGAGCGCCGCGAGCUGAUCCGCCUGGACGAGCACAAGGCUCUACUGUGCGUGGAGAUCUCCCGUCUGCAGAGGGCGCUGCAAGAGGUAGAAGACAAGAUGAAGGAGCGGGAUCCCUUCAUUCUGCUGCGGAGUAUCAAACUUUUGCUGCAGAGACCCUCGCUGAAGUUCGAGAAGCCGGCUUUUGUACCCCCCAGUCUGUGCGAAGGCCGAUUUGCGGGGCCCCUGCAGUACCGAGUGUGGAAAUCCAUGAAAGGCAGCCUUUACCCAGUCCCCGCGGUGAUUACCUUCAACUCCAGCACGGCCAACCCGUGGCUCAGCCUCAGCUCGUCACUGACCUGCGUCCGCUACCAGACCUUCAACCACGGCGUGGAGGACAACCCGCACAGGUUCAACGCCGCCCUGUCGCUGCUCGGGAGCCAAGGUUUCACCCACGGGCGGCACUACUGGGAGAUCGAAGUCUACAGCAGCGCCGUGUGGACCCUGGGCGUGGCCCGGGAGUCGGUCCCCAGAAAAGGAGUCAUCAAAGCUCUUCCGGCCAACGGCUUUUGGACCCUCUCGCUCUCCUACGGCGUUCAGUAUAUGGCGGGGACGUCCCCGCCCACCGUUCUGUCCCUGGAGGAGCCGCUGGCCAGGAUCGGGGUGUACCUGGACUACAAGAGAGGUCUGGUGUCCUUUUACAACGCGGAGACCAUGACGCAUCUGUACACCUUCAGGGAGAUCUUCAGCGAGACGCUCUUUCCGUACUUCAACUUGGGAUUUCUGGACAAAGUGCACGAGAAUGAGCCUCUGAAAGUUUUCUUGCCAAAGAUUUAAACUUACUGUGAAGUUUUUGGGGGUUUUGUUUCUUUUGUACGGAAUGAGACACUUAGGUGAAUUUGGACCGUUUUUUUUUUUUUUAAAUGCUCGUAGACUGGCUCUACAAGGCACGAAUGUGUUUGCGAUACAUCAACUAAAUAUUUUCAUCUCCAAAACGUGAGUGGUUUUAUUGGAGUGUUGGGUUUAUUGUUUUAGCGAUGCAUCAACGUGGUACUC